AUGAUUCCUUUACGCAAUGAUAUGGAGAGAUACAACGCUUGGGUUUACGAAAAGAUCCACGCAAUUGUUCGUCCCCGUCUCACUUUCGUGCAGUUCCUACGUCACGUGAUUGCCACCUUUCGGGCAAAUCGUCCUGACGCCCAUUGGAGUCAAUACCAUCGAGAUUGCUGUCCUUGUCUCGUCAAAUACGACUUCGUCACGAGGGUGGAGACGCUGACGGAGGACCUGGAACACGUCUUCAAGGUCUUGGGAAUUCCCUCAGAUCCCUCCGUGUCCAUGAACCAGAAUCGCAAGUACUUGGGUGAUCCUUAUAAGGACCUAAGAUACUACCGAGAUGUCCCGUUUGAGAUUCGGAAAGAACUCUUUACCUUCAUCAAGACGGACCUGGACAUGUUUGGAUACAAGCUCCCAGCUGGCUUCUUGGAGAAUACUGUCAGUUGAGAUUUUUGUUUAAAUCCUCUGCUAA